UUGAAGGCUAACCGUUAAAUUAUAAAUUUAGAGUAAACUUUUAAAAGUGGCACUUGGAAUGGAGAAAAAGCAAAGGAAUUUAUCCCAAAUAAGCAAAGACCUUUAUCGGAUCAAUGAAGCUUACAGAGUUACACAGGAGCUUGAGAGAAUUAGCGAAAUUCAUCCCAAUAACGACCCACAGCUGGCUGUUUGUUUAGAGCUUAAAUAAGUGCCCAGGUGAAGGCUUCAGGAAAUGUUUGGCAAAGAAAAGGAAUUUCCAUGAUAGAUCUACUGCUAACAGUGAGAAGAAGGCUAUUAUUAGCCAGAAAAUCAUCAAUUCAUUCCAUUGAGAUGAUAAUAGAGGAGUUACUAGUCGGGAUGAAAAUAAUUUUGAGACUCUUCAAUCUAAUCCUGAUCUUGGGGAGUUGAUCCAUAAGUUAGAUGGGAGACAUGGAGAGACACCUACUGCUUCUCAAAGUCAAACCUCCAUAUUUAACUACUUAGAGGCUAAUGAUAAUCUUAAAGGCACUCCUUAUUCCCGUUUUAAGCAAGAAAUAAGCUUUAGCAGUAAAUCGAAUGAGAAUCAUCAGACAAAAAUAUCUAAAUUGGAGAAAGAAAACGAGGCACUUCGUCAAGAAAAUUACCAAAUAAAGUGACUAUACGAGGACAGAUUGCAAGAGCUCAACUGGUACUAUCAAAAAUAUGGCCAGAGAGCCAAAGGGUUAUCUGAAGAAACUACAAAGGACACUGAGGGUCAGUAUAAUGAUCAGCCGGCUCCUAGUACUCUAAAGGAGAUUUCUUUUAACAUUCCAAAAACUCAAGAAAUAUAAAAGCAAAUAGCUCCUCGAAAGCCGGAAUACACCAGCAGAUAAACACUCUGCAGAGCAGAAUUGCUCAAGCUAACGAAAGGUUAAAUGAAAAACAGAAGUUCAAAGAUUACUGAUACAACGAGAGCAUUUCAACCAUGAAGCAUCUUGAGAAGAAUAGACAGUCCAUCCUUGAUGAAGAAAAUAGCUUAUCCCUAUUCAAGAAAUCUCAUCAGGACUCUAAAAGUUAUGAGAGGGUAAGCCAUCGGAGCAAGAAUAUCUCUUCUACCCCUACUCUUCUUUCAAAGGAAUCUAAACGCAAAUGUAAGAAGAAGACUCAAAAGUACCAACAGAUGUUUGCUGAGAACUACUUCAAGUCCAACAGACCUCUUAAAGUCAACAACAUAUUGGCUCCACCAAUGGUUUUCAAGGAUUAUGACCUCAAUUUAGAAUAA